UGCUGUCGUCACAGCUGGGCACCCCCCGCCCAGCCAAACAAGGGACAUCAGCGAAAACUGGGGGCAAAGGCUGCAUAAGCGGAGGUGAGCAGAAAGAAGGUGCAGGGCGACCCACUAGGCGCUGGCUGAGCUCUCUGGCUCGUCUUGGCAUUGGCCUUGCUAGGCGACAAAUGAAUGUGCGCCGGGAAGCUGGCUUUGCACGGCGCGCGCUGGCCGGCGCCUCACCUGCUUCGUCCCCAGCCGGCAGCUCCCGCUGAGCUCCGGGGCGGUGGAAGGGUUUGCGCCUUCCUUUCACUUUCUCAGGCCGCCCAACCUGACACCUGGGGACAGGACUACAGGUCCCACCACGCUUGCGAGGCAGGAGGAAGAAGGGGCACUGAGGGCCGAAAAGGAAAACAAGGAGAAAAAGAAAACCUUACCUGCUGGCAGAGGUGAGAGCAAGCCAGUCAAGAAAACUUAGGCAUCAACCAGAAGGAACAGGCCACGGCACUCUUCCCUAAACUGACCUCUCCAGCACACCUUGUCGGGCCUUGUUGCCGGUUGCCUGGACAUCCAGUCUGCCAGCAGUUGGGAGUUUUCCUCCCCAUGUGAAAUAGAGAUUGGAUGCCAGCCAGAAAGGCAGGUCUAUUCUAGGUGGCAAGAGUCAUGCAGUUCUCCAGCUUAGCCAGGGCAGCAGAUGAGAACUUUGACUAUUUGUUCAAGAUUAUCCUCAUCGGAGAUUCCAAUGUGGGCAAGACAUGUGUGGUGCAGCAUUUCAAAUCCGGGGUCUACACAGAGACACAGCAAAACACUAUUGGGGUGGACUUCACCGUGCGCUCCCUCGAGAUCGAUGGCAAGAAAGUGAAGAUGCAGGUGUGGGACACCGCAGGCCAGGAGCGAUUCCGGACCAUCACCCAGAGCUACUAUCGCAGCGCCCACGCAGCCAUCAUCGCCUAUGACCUCACCCGGCAGUCCACGUUUGAGUCUGUUCCCCACUGGAUUCACGAAAUAGAAAAAUAUGGAGCAGCAAACUUGGUCAUUAUACUAAUUGGGAACAAAUGUGACAUGUGGGAAAAGCGGCAUGUUCUGUUUGAGGAUGCUUGCACACUGGCUGAGAAGUAUGGCCUCCUUGCUGUUUUGGAGACAUCUGCCAAGGAGUCCAAGAACAUAGACGAAGUCUUUGUGCUGAUGGCCAGGGAGCUGAUCGCCCGCAACAGCCUGCACUUGUGUGGGGAGAACGACCUGAACAACCUCCCCCUGGAUUCCAGUCCAGUUCUUAUGGCUCAGGUUCCAAGUGAAAAGACCCAGUGCACAUGUUAAAUAUGUUCAUGAGGCCAGUUGCACCCCCGGAGGCCAUCUCUGAAACCAGAGGUAGCCAGAUACCCACUAGGGUAUCUGAGUAGCAUUUCAGACCAAAGCAUAGACUAGCUGCUAGUCCUGAAUCUUCCCCACCUCUGUUCACCCCAGCAGCCAUACUGCUGACUCUGAGGAAGGGGGCACCACUUGUGUUAUGGGUCUUUCCUGGGACUUAAGGCUCGGGGGUAGUAGGACAAGGUUUGCUCUUUUUCAUCUUUCUCUUUUCUGUCUCCUCAGCCCUUCAACUGUUUUCUACUGUAUUUUACUUCUUGCUUGAAGAAGAUAGUAGUGAAGGAAAGAGGAGGAAUAUCAAGACAGGGGAGAGGAUGUUUGGAACAUUCUGGAGCAGUUAAAAACAGCUCAGGCAUGGGAGGAUGGGAAAAGCCUGCAAUGAGAAACCAGAAUGCUGCUAAUGUUUGCUUCCUGAUAUUCACACCUUGGGUCUUUAAUUUGGGAGCAAAGCCUUUUGACAAAAAGACCAUAAAUACUAUCUUGCCAAACGGUCACGAGCCAUGUGAUAGAGAUAGAAUUGCAUUUCACUUUAUUCUACUUGGGCUCCUUUGAACACCCUCCUAGGAUGCAGGAGACGCAUAUAAUCUCUUUCUAAAAACACCAAAUUAGCUGUAGGAUUGGAAAUCUUUCUGAAUUGAAAUUAAAUUGGCUCAUAUAUGAACAUCAAACCAAUACUGACCUCACCAGGUGGCCCUGGGCAUGCCCUGUACCCUGCAGAACUUGUAAGUAAUAAACCUUGUUUUCUCAAA